AUGAGCAAGGGACACUCGACAGAAAACUUGGUCCCUUCGACGGAUGACAACGCUGCAUCUGCACCCCUCCUACUCGUCCUCCUCGCUAUCAUAUACUUCAUCCUCCUCCCUAAACUUGUUCAAUCCAUCGUCAACGACUCCCAGAUGGCGAUGGAUCAAUUGCAUAUCACGGAACCGACAGAGACAGGGAUGAAGGCUUUUUCGGAUUUUGCGAAGGAGUUGCUAACGAAGGAGAAGUUUGUGUGGAGGUUGACGAGUGUGGUGACGGUGAAAGCGUUUGGGAUCAUCCCCUUGGCAGGGAUCGACCUCGUCAAGGAUGUUACUCUCCUCGUCCUGGAUCUGUUUUAUGAGGGCACUUAUUUGGGACAGGUCACUGCCCAGAAUGCGACCCUUGUCGGGGGAGGGUCUGGAUCGCCGGUGAUGAUGACAGUGGCCAAGAGCGUAUCGGUGAAGCCGGAUGGGGUCAAUCCAGUGUCGUGGCUCAAUGAUGGGAUUAUGGCAUUGACCUUGACGGUGCCUUUGCGGUCGCCAAAGCCGUUGCAGAUCAUCAACGGAAUUCAGACCAUGGAUAUGGGGAUCACGUUCAACCCUGCAACGCCCUAUGUGCCUACGGUCCUAUCGAAGAGCAUAACUGCCGGGGUCAAGUUCCCUUUCAACAUCACCAUCCAUGUCCAGACUAACCAACUCGAUUACGUUGGGGUAUUGGGGGACAUCCAGGCAUCUGUUCCUAGUCAAGUGAAUUCAAAUCUCCAAGACUUGAUCGCAUUCUGUUUACCGUCGUCACCGCUGGUUGUCAUGGGCGAUGCGCACGAGGAUUUCAACACGUUUUUGGCGGAUUUGACGAUACAGGCAGAGGAUACCUUUACAGUGGUUGGGAAAUCGAAUGCGACGGCUGAGACGCCUGUGGGACUUGUGUCGCUGACGGAUGUGCCCUUCAACUCGCCCGCCAGAAUGAAGGCGCUCAACAUUAACGCUCAACAUACGACUGUUUCUGACGUUGUUGUCCCGGGCGGGACGAGCGAGCAUAUCAUUAUCCAGCUCGUCGUCACAUUGAUCAACCCUUCGACAUUGACGAUGGUGAUCGGAAAUGUGACGCUGAUGGUUUUUGAUGGGCCGACUAACCAGUUCUUGGGCGACCUUGUGAUCCAGAACCUCAACAUCGUCCCGGGGAGGCCCACACACGUGCCGGCGCAGUUUCUGUUCCAUCCAAUGAACCCACUCCGGAACCAGUUCUUGAGCCGGUUUGUUGUUGGCGACAUUUUCCGCUUCAUGUCACGGGGCCUCCGACAUGUUCGACACCAUUGCCAGAACUCCAAAAAACUUUGUCACUAG